AUGAAUAGUUCAGUAGUUCAACUGUUAGCUUCCAAAAAACUUAACAGCGAUAAUUAUACAGCUUGGAAAUCAAAUAUUAAUACAUUACUAGUAGUUGACGAUUUGAGAUUUGUCUUAACAGAGGAAUGUUCUCAAACCCCUGCCUCUAAUGCUAACCAUACUAGUUGGGAAGCAUAUGAUCGAUGGGUAAAGAUUAAUGAAAAAGCCCGUGUCUACAUUCUUGCCAGCAUGUUAGAUGUUCUGGCAAAGAAACAUGAAUCCUUAGCCACGACUAAAGAAAUUAUGGAUGCAUUAAGGGCAAUGUUUGGGCAACAAGAAUGGUCCCUAAGGCACGAGACAACCAAAUACAUUUACACUAAACGAAUGAAGAAGGGGACCUCUGUUAGAGAACAUGUCUUGGACAUGAUGAUACCCUUCAACAUCGCUGAAGUAAAUGGUGGUGCCAUCAAUGAGGCUAAUCAGAUUCAGGAGCCACUGACCAUAUUUACUUCUCAUUUCAAGAAAAUAGUUCUUGAAAAAGGCUUUCAGAAGGCGAGAUCACUCUCAAGGUUGGAACAGGAGAGAUGGUCUCAGUUGAAGCAGUGGGAGAUUUAA